AUGAACAACUUCAUCCUCCUGGAAGAGCAGCUGAUCAAGAAAUCCCAACAGAAGAGAAGGACUUCUCCCUCGAACUUCAAAGUCCGUUUCUUUGUGCUAACGAAAGCCAGCCUGGCAUACUUCGAGGAUCGCCAUGGGAAGAAGCGCACAUUGAAAGGCUCCAUCGAACUUUCCAGAAUCAAAUGUGUGGAGAUCGUCAAGAGUGACAUUAGCAUCCCAUGCCACUAUAAAUACCCUUUUCAGAUCAUGCAUGACAACUACCUCCUGUAUGUGUUUGCUCCAGACUGUGAGAGCCGCCAGCGCUGGGUGCUCACCCUAAAAGAAGAAACGAGGAAUAACAACAGCCUGGUGUCCAAGUAUCACCCUAAUUUCUGGAUGGAUGGGCGAUGGAGAUGCUGUUCCCAGCUGGAGAAACUUGCAGUAGGCUGUGCCCCCUAUGACCCGACCAAGAACGCUUCAAAGAAGCCUCUUCCUCCUACUCCCGAAGACAACAGGGUGAGUGAGCGAUCACUUCUGGAACCUGAAGAAUCCGUGGUCAUUGCCUUGUAUGACUACCAGCCCAAUGACCCCCAGGAGCUUGCACUGCAGUGCAAUGAAGAGUACUACCUGCUGGACAGCUCCGAGAGCCACUGGUGGAGGGUUCAAGACAAGAAUGGGCAUGAAGGAUAUGCACCAAGGAGUUACCUGGUGGAAAAAUCUCCAAAUAACCUUGAAACCUAUGAGUGGUACAAUAAAAACACCAGCCGAGACAAAGCUGAAAAGCUUCUCUUGGACACGGGUAAAGAAGGAGCAUUCCUGGUCCGAGAUUCCAGGACACCCGGAACAUACACAGUCUCUGUGUUCACCAAGGCCAUCAUCAGUGAGAACCCCUGUAUAAAGCAUUAUCAUAUCAAAGAAACAAAUGACAACCCGAAGCGGUACUACGUGGCUGAGAAGUACGUGUUUGACUCCAUCCCUCUCCUCAUCAAGUAUCACCAGUACAAUGGAGGAGGUUUGGUCACUCGACUCCGGUAUCCAGUGUGCUCCUGGAGGCAGAAAGCCCCAGUGACAGCAGGCCUAAGAUACGGGAAGUGGGUGAUCCACCCCUCAGAGCUCACUUUUGUGCAGGAGAUUGGCAGUGGACAAUUUGGGCUGGUGCACCUUGGCUACUGGCUCAACAAGGACAAGGUGGCCAUCAAGACCAUUCAGGAAGGGGCGAUGUCAGAAGAGGACUUUAUCGAAGAGGCUGAAGUCAUGAUGAAACUCUCUCAUCCCAAACUGGUCCAGCUCUAUGGGGUGUGCCUGGAACAAGCCCCCAUCUGCCUGGUGUUCGAGUUCAUGGAACACGGCUGCUUGUCAGAUUACCUGCGAAGUCAGAGGGGCCUCUUUGCGGCAGAGACCCUGCUGGGCAUGUGCCUGGAUGUGUGUGAGGGCAUGGCCUACCUGGAAACGGCGUGCUUCAUCCACAGAGACCUGGCCGCCAGAAACUGUUUGGUGGGAGAAAACCAAGUCAUCAAGGUGUCCGACUUUGGGAUGACGAGGUUCGUCCUUGAUGAUCAAUAUACCAGCUCCACGGGCACCAAAUUCCCAGUGAAGUGGGCAUCUCCAGAAGUGUUCUUUUUAAGUCGCUAUAGCAGCAAGUCGGAUGUGUGGUCAUUUGGUGUGCUCAUGUGGGAAGUCUUCAGUGAGGGUAAAAUCCCAUAUGAAAACCGGAGCAACUCAGAGGUGGUGGAAGACAUCAGCACUGGCUUUCGGUUAUACAAGCCCCGCCUGGCCUCCUCUCACAUCUACCAGAUCAUGAACCAUUGCUGGAAGGAGAAACCAGAGGACCGUCCACCUUUCUCCCAGCUGUUAAAUCAGCUGGCUGAAAUCGCAGAAUCUGGACUUUAGCAGGGAUUCGUUGACCAGCCACAGCCGUGUAUCCUGAGCGAAGGAACAGUGUCCUUUUUACAGAGCAUUAAAAGCUGCCAGCAGCCCAGGACCCCGCACCGGUGCCUGGACCAUGGUGCCAGCCCCUACGCAACUGUGACUGCAGCAUCCUAGAAGAAACUGGAGGGCCAGCCACUGGGCCAAAGACUGGGCUACAGCAGUAACCGUGCUGCUGUGCCCAACACCCCAGCCUCUGUCAU